AUGAGAUCGCUCGACGGUGUCUUCGAUGGGAACCGAUUAUUGCAGGGAUUGAUGGCCGACACGAAUGGCAACGCUUCGCAACCGACUCUCAUCACAGCUAAUGAUUUGCCCGCAACUGAUAGUAAACUGAACCCAAAGGCGUCCGAAAUUGAUAAGAAAAACGCGACGAUUGUUAUGAAUGACGGAAACAAACCGACGAUCGAAGAGAUUAAAGCGAAAGCCUUUUACUGUCGAGAUAUUGAAAGCAAAGUAUUGAAUAAAAGUGUUGAAAACGAGACAUUUCUAGUCGUGGAUAAGAAUCCGAACGUUAAUAAUGUUAAGGGUUUUGUUGACCGCAAUUGCGAAGAGACGGAUAAGUUUCAGCGUUUAGUCGAUAAGUUUAACAGCAAUAUAGCGUCGAUUUGGGCCAAGACUGGAGGCAACGCUCUAUCGUUUAAUAAUAGCCACAAAAAUGACAACAUCUNUGUUAAGGGUUUUGUUGACCGCAAUUGCGAAGAGACGGAUAAGUUUCAGCGUUUAGUCGAUAAGUUUAACAGCAAUAUAGCGUCGAUUUGGGCCAAGACUGGAGGCAACGCUCUAUCGUUUAAUAAUAGCCACAAAAAUGACAACAUCUGGAGCUUUGACUCGUCCUUUUCGUCAAACCAGUCGUCGGCCACUCCCAGCCCUAAACCCAACGCAAUAGACAUCUGGUCAUCAAUGCCUUUAGCGGAGAUCAACGAACGACUGGCCAAUAAGACAGCGCUCACCACAACCGUCGAUGACAUGUAUUCAAUGCCUGAAAUGAAUUGGGAGUCCAAUCUUCUCAAAUCGAUUAACGCGUUUCCCGACGACGGCUUCAUCGAUGGUAAUCACGACCUCAUCGAUGACGAAACCAAUUGGUUGCCCAACACUAACGACUCCACUCUCAUAACACUUCAAAAUCACCAGAAGAACAGUCCGUUUAUUGAAUUUAAUUCGACGCCUAAGACGUCCGAAAAGGACUCUGCGCUCGAAUUGUCCAAAUUGUUGUCAAUGGUAUCGCUUUUAAGCAACAAAUCUAAGCAUCACUUGAGUCCACCGCCUGAAGAGAAUCUGUUGACUUCGCCUAAGACUCACUUUCAGCCAAUAAAACACGACUCGUUUGAAAGGGACGACUCCGACGAGGGGUCCGUCGCCGACAUUACCGACACUGAAGUGAAGAAACUGGUCAUCUGUUCGGAUAAGUGUCCCAACAAUGGAGACCACAAACCGAAAGAAAGCGCCGCAAGUCUUGUGCUCCGCUGUCGACCGGUGUCCACAUCACUGGACGAAAUGGCCUCAUAUAUGGGUCCGUUCAGUGACUUCGAGUUCGGUUCCAAUGAAUUUCUGACAUCACUGCCUAUAAGUGAAGAAAUGGAGUUUACUAUUGGCCACAAAGAGAGUCAAAUGAGCGACAAAUCGACAAAUACUGAAAAUGAUCUUCAGAUGGAUGUGAAGGCAAAACUUGAGCCAAUACUGGAGAGCAAUGUCGAGGGAGAACCCGAACCCGAAUACCAAGACUUAUAUAAUAUGAUUAACGAAGUUCUUCGGAACGGUAUUCUCGAUAACGACAACUCUCUGGUGGCCAACAGUUCUGCAACAGUCACUUCGCUGGACGACUGGUAUGACUCGGAUUACGACAAUUGCAAUGAUUUGGUUUCCACUCCCAGUCGGGAGAAGCGUUUGUCUUGGAAUUGCUAUUGGGAUACGUAUGACAUCGCUUCCACUGGUGAUCACUCGAUGGCCUCUAAAAGUCACUUCAAACCUAAGGAUCCGAAGCCUCGCUUGAGUGGCGAAGACAUUAGUGGCGAUCAAAUGACCAACAGUUUUGCGUUUGGCUCUAAAUUCUCUAAAAAAUUGUUAACCGAAACCAAUGACGACGUCUUCGCCGACGAACUCUACUCUACUAACAGUCGUUUCGCUAACUGUUCUCUCAGUGAAUGUCCAGAAUAUGAAGAAGUGUUGGACGACUACGGGUUUCCAAGGGAUGAUUUCGACGCCUAUCUCUCUGUCAACGGCGACAACGGAUCCGAUUAUCACUCGAAGAAAGAUAUGUCCACUUUUGGCGACACGUUUAAUCUGCAGCUAAAGCCCCGCUAUAGUGAAGGUCCAAAGCGUAGUCGAAAGCCGUGCACUUUCUUCAUAGAAGGCCAGUGCAAGAGAAGUGACUGCAAGUACUCGCACGACAUGAGCGCCAUUACAUGCAAAUACUGGGAGGAAGGCUUCUGUUUCAAAGCAGAGAUGUGUCCAUUCCUUCACUCGUACACCGAUGAGCCACAAGUGAUCAAAACAAAGCCGUUUGGAUGGAAAUCGCGGAAAUGUUAUGCCAUUGAAUCUGAAUCUGAUUUCCCGUCGCUGGCGAUCCUUCCCGACUCCGGAGAGAACACUCCGACGCCGUCGGAAGCGGAUCAGUGCCCGCCUCGGGUCGAACACCACUUCUUUGACUUUCGCACCACAUCUGUGGCGGACAACGGGAGGGGCAACUGUGGCGUCGGGCUCUCCAAAGCCAAACUACCGAUUACUGUCGUUAUGAAGAAAAAGGUUAAGAAACGCAAAGACAGAAAUUUGCAAUGAAUUACAAAUUGAUUGAUUGCUUAAUACAACACUUCAUCCGUUGAGUGACAGUCGAAACAAUACAAAAAACAUAACAUAAAAAACCCAUAAUUUUUAUCCCAUUUUUAUUACUCUAUUAUUUUUGUCACAAAAAUGGGAUAAAUUUUGUGAACGAAAAAAAAGCGAAACUCGAAAUGUUUUUUAAUAUGAAAACAAUAUUAGUAUAAAAAUAAUUUCAUUUAAUAUUAUUAUAAAUAAUCGUUUAAUUCAUUGAAAGCUUUUAUCGGUUGAGAAAGUUAUUUAAGGAAAAGGAUUGGAAAAGUGGACCGUUUUUUAUAUACAUUUGUUUUAUUGUAUGGUCUGUCCGUCCGCUCGCGUCGGCGAACGGAUCGGUGUUUUCAUUAUUUUGAAUGUCUUUUAUAAUUAUGUUAUCGAAUGAAUGGAUAGUAUUUAUGAAAAGUGAAGGAAAAGUGAUUUUUGAAUUGUAUUUAUGUUUCUCCUUAUGAAUAGAAAGUGAAUUUCGAGAAAAAAUAAUAUUUUUAUUAUUUUUAUUUAUAAAAAAAAUUAG